AUGUCAGACCAGAACAGCACCGACGAUGGGGAGUCAGACCCCCAGCACAGCCUGUCUAUGGUCUUCCUUCUUGUCCUCGUCUUCUUCGUCAUGGGGCUGGUGGGUUUCCUGAUCUGCCAUGUCCUGAAGAAGAAGGGUUACCGGUGCCGGACUUUCCGGGACGAGCUCGACCCAGAUAACAAAGAUGUGCUGGCGGAGCUCCAGGCCAAUGAAGAGGAGGAGCUGAACGAAGACACUGUGGAGAAGAUUGUGAGAUGCAUCAUCCAAAAUGAAGCAAACGCAGAGGCCCUCAAGGAGAUGCUGGGGGACAAUGAAGGGGACAUCCCAGUGCCAGUGCCCAGCCUUUGUCCUCACCGUAAUAGCCAGGAUGGGGGCCCACCACAUCACCACACAGUGCAUCUGGGCUCCACGCAGGCCCCCUGCAUCCACUGCAGCAAGAGGAAGAGGCACCCACUGCAUCGGCAAGGACGGUCCAAGGAUGGCAAAGGCAGGAUGCAUCCUGGAGAGACCACCGUCUUCUCAGUGGGCAGGUUUCGUGUCACACACAUCGGGAAGAAACCCACUUUCCAUGAGCAG